GAAAUACUGACUGGCCUUUCUGAAUAUAUAUACAGCCUCAUCAAAAGUAUAAUACUUUUUUCACUAUGAAGGAGUGCACAACGCCCCAUGAUCAACACCAUUCGAGUGAAAUUACUUCGAAAUAUCCUCAUCCAGCCUUAUAUCAUUGCAGUUGGAAUAAUAAUUUAGAAAGGCCUUAUAGAAAUAGACAUUUUCAGGGAAAACCAGGAUUUGUUGACCCACUUGGUGUUGUAAAGCUAUGCCUAACAAUUCUAGAACAAUGUACACAUGCAAAACCACACGCUCCACACUCUGCAACAUCUACAUCAUCUAAUAGUCAAUAUUGCGAAGGAUUAACCAUUUAUUUGGAAAACUGGGAACCGGAUAUACAAGUUGAACAGUGUGUACAAAGUUAUAUAGAAUUCCCUUGUAAAAUGGAAUUAGAAAUGUGUGUGGAUAAAUCACCCAAAAAAGCUUUGCAAUUUAUAAUAUCCUAUUUGCGUCAACGAGGACCAUUUAUAACAUGGACUAUUAGAUAUGAUACACAUCGAAGUAUAAAUAGAUUCUUAACAAAAAUGUUCUCUGGUUAUGCACAGCAUCUAAAUGAUUUAGAAUUUACCAGUGCAAUAUUAAUUGGAAGAUAUUUACAUUUCUUAUUGUCUGUUAGUUAUUCAUACAAUAUCUAUUAUUUAAAAAGUAUUAUUGCGAAAGUAUGGGGUCCGGUGUACUUAAAUGUUCAAUAUGAACAAAACAUAUUAUUACAUUUUGAUAGAAUGGAUGAAGAAACAACUGAUUUAACAAUAUCUUUAUUCACCCAAAUUAUUGAAACAGUCCCCUGGUACACAUUCCAACCAUUUGAAGGUGUAGAAAAGAAUUUCAGUCAAGAUAGGAAGUUUCGUUACAAACAUUAUGCUUCUGAAGAAAGUUGUAAAAUGCAUAAUAAACUUGAAAUUCCGGCACACCUCAGAGGAACGAUGUGUGAUGCAAUUAAGCAAGAAACGAUUGAAUAUAAAUUGAGAAAAUUACAGGAAGAAAAUUUAAAAAAUCAAACAAAUCUAUCCACUGGUGAAAUAGAAGAUGGUAAACCUAAAAUAACUCCUAAGUUCCAACCGGACAACUGUUCCCUAAAAUAUAAAAAUUCAUGUUGAGAAAUAUUCUGCAACACAGACAUAUAUAAACAUUUUCUUACUUGUAUAACAACUUUGUAAAUAUUAAGUAAAGCCUAUUAUGAAGCGAGGACGAGAAAGAAGAGAGCAAGAGACAUUAUCCGAAGAAAACAAAAAAUGUUUUCAUGAAUACAUUUCCUAGCUAUACAUAUAUUUAUAUACAUAUGUAUAAUGUAUACAACUAGCUUUUAAAUAAACAAUAA